AAACGUUAAGCACUAGGGUUUAAGCCCAGGGUUCUUGGCUAUCUCCUUCGAGUCGCUGUUUGGCUGCUCUUCUCCCCAAAUCAAUUUAAAGGUUUUUCUAUUUCUACCCCCUUUCUCUCCCUCUUCCCGCCUCUCUCCGGCCAUUUGCACUCUACUCACCGCCACCGCAGUGGAGGCGAACCGCCGCCACACCUUCACACAAUCACUGCUACUCCCUCUGAUUUCGUCGAGUUCAUCCCAAAAUUCACUGCUUUUCAACCUGUUAUUUUUCCCUCGCCGACAUCCCAUUAUCCCGGAGCUGAAACUGCGUCACCGGACCUGUAUCGAUUGAAGAAUCCCUUUUUUUCAGAGGAAGAAAUUUAUGGGGAUUAAGAAGAGAGCUUCCAGUUCAUCUGAGGUAGUUGGUGAGGCUGUAGAUGAACAAGUACAAGUACACUCUGGCAUAGGUGAUAAAAAUGUUGUUAGCUUAGAUUCCUCGAACAAGAAAUUGAAAAAGGAAAAAAAGAGGAAGGAACCGGAAAGAGAAAACGAUUCUGAUGAUGUUCCUUCAACCUCCCAUAAUAACAAUGUCGCUGUUUCUGAGAAGCCAAUGGAGAGACGGAAGAAAAGAAGAGCACUUGACAAAUUGAAACACCAUGCCGGGGUCAGUAGUGAUAAUAAAGUGACUCAAAUGGCGCUGGAUGCUAAAGAAAAUGUUGCCAAAAGCAAUGAGGAAGCAUCCUCCUCUGGCACUAGCUCUGGUAAUAGUGUGUUGCCUGAGUUCCACAUUGGGGUGUUUAAAGAUCUGGCAUUGGCAGAUGCCAAGGUUCGAGAAGCUGCCGCAGAGGUAUUGGUCACAGAGCUGCAGGCCGUUCAGAAAGCAUACGAUAAGCUUGAGAAUAAGGAGGAAGUUGAAGGUACGUUGAAAUUGGAAGCUCAAAAGGAUGAUGGAUUAAAUAACUGUGCCCCUUCUGUUAGAUAUGCCGUUCGUAGGCUUGUCCGCGGAGUUUCUUCCUCAAGAGAGUGUGCAAGACAGGGUUUUGCAUUAGGUUUGACAAUGUUGGUUGGUGCAGUUCCUUCUAUCAAAGUGGAUUCAUUGUUGAAGCUAAUUGUUAAUCUAUUGGAAGUUUCUUCAUCGAUGAAGGGUCAGGAAGCAAGGGACUGUCUCCUGGGUCGUUUGUUUGCUUAUGCAGCCCUUGCAAGAUCAGGAAGAUUAACUUCAGAUUUGAACUUAAACAAAAAGUCCUCAUGCAUCAAAGAAUUUAUCAGUGCUCUCAUUUCAUUAGCCUCAAAGAAGCAGUACCUGCAAGAGCCUGCUGUUUCAGUUAUUCUGGAAUUGGUUGAGAAGUUACCCAUCAAGGCUUUGGUAGACGAUGUUCUCGAAGUUCCAGGACUUCAAGAAUGGUUCGAUAGUGCAACCGAAAGGGGGAAUCCUGAUGCCUUGUUGCUUGCACUUAAAAUUCGUGAGAAGAUUGGCAUUGAUCAUUCGAUAUUUGGCAAACUUUUGCCUUCUGAAUAUAGCCCAAACAAGCUUUUUUCUGUUGAUACUCUUACGUUGCUUGCCAAUUGCUUGAAGGAAUCCACAUUUUGUCAGCCUCGUGUUCAUAGUGUCUGGCCUGUUCUGGUAAACAUUCUCUUACCAGAUAGGAUCUCUCAGGAUGUAGAUUUAGCCUCACCAACAAAUUCAAGUAAGAAGCACAAAAAAGGUCGCAAGUGCAGUUUAGCUGAGGAAGAUACUGGAAAGAAUCUUCAAUGCUUUGUUGAAGUUAUUAUUGAAGGGUCACUGCUAGUAUCAUCUCAUGACCGUAAACAUUUGGCUUUUGAUAUCCUACUGCUGUUAUUUCCUAAGCUACCCACUUCAUGUAUCCAUAUUGUACUGUCUUACAAAUUUAUCCAGUGUUUAGUAGAUGUACUGUCUGCUAAAGAUUCUUGGCUUCACAAGGUUGCCCAGCAUUUUCUUACGGAAUUGAUUGAAUGGGUGAAAGUGGAUGAAGCCAAACGAAUUGCUGUUAUUAUGGCUCUACAGAAGCAUACUAAUGGUAGAUUUGACAGCAUAACUCGGACAAAGGUGGUUAAAGAUUUGAUGGCAGGAUUCGAAUCUGAAUCUGGGUGCUUAUUGUUUGUUCAGGAGUUAAUGCACAUGUUUCUUGAUGAAAGAAAUCCUUCAGAAGAACCUUCUGAUCAGAGUCAGACAACUGAUGACAACUCGGAGAUAGGUUCAGUAGAAGAUAAAGAAUCUGUUGGGGUAACAGGAAGUUCCGAGUUUCUGAAAAGUUGGGUUAUUGAUUCUCUCCCCUCUGUUUCGAAACUCUCUAAACUAGAUUCAGAGGCUAGGUUCCGAGUGCAAAAAGAAAUUUUGAAGUUUCUUGCAGUUCAGGGUCUUUUCUGUUCCUCUCUUGGUACCGAAGUAACCUCCUUUGAAUUACAAGAAAAGUUUAGAUGGCCGAAAUCAGCCAUUUCUGGUGCCCUUUCAAGGACGUGCAUCGAACAGCUAGAACUACUGUUUGCAAAUGUUCAGAAAGGGGAAGGGCCCCGUGUUGUAGCCGGUGCCUCUGAAACAAGUGAUCUUGGUUCUUAUUUCGUGCAUUUCCUUGGUAUUUUAUGCAACAUUCCUUCAGUUUCGUUGUUUAGGACCUUGAAUGAAGAUGAUGAAAAAGCCUUUAAGAAAUUGCUUGCAAUGGAAGCUCAGUUAUUAAGAGAGGAGAGGAAUUGUGGGGUGAGCAGAGAUGCAAACAAAUUACAUGCUCUGAGGUACCUGCUUAUCCAGUUACUGCUCCAAAUUUUGCUUAGACCUGGGGAAUAUCAUGAGGCUUCAGUUGAACUUAUUAUAUGCUGUAAGAGAUCUUUUGGCACCUCUGACAUUAUUGACUCCUCUGGAGAAGAUGACUUGAAUGAAGAUGGUGCACCCGACGUAAUGGAUGUACUUGUUGAUACAAUGCUCUCACUCCUGCCACAGUCUUCUGCUCCGCUCCGGUCUGCCAUCGAGCAGGUUUUCAAGUACUUCUCUAAUGAUAUAACUGAAGAUGGAUUAAUGCGAAUGUUACGGGUCAUUAAGAAAGAUCUUAAACCAGCCAGACAUCAGGAUAGUGGUUCUGAAGAUGAUGAUGAGGAUGAAGAUGAUCUUCUUGAUAUUGAAGAAGCAGAGGAAUCUGAUGAAUCUGAGACAGGUGAAACAGGUGACACUGAUGAGCACACAGAUGACUCUGAGGCUGUGGGUGGAGUUGAGACUGGAAUUUCCGAGCUUCCGGAGAAUUCUGAUGAUUCUGAUAGUGGAAUGGAUGAUGACGCAAUGUUCAGGAUGGAUACUUAUUUGGCACGUAUUUUCAAAGAACGAAAAAAUCAAGCUGGAGGUGAAACAGCGCAAUCCCAGCUUGUACUUUUUAAGCUCCGGGUUCUCUCGUUGCUGGAGAUUUUCCUACAUGAGAAUCCAGGUAAUCCACAGGUUUUGAAAGUUCUCUCAAACCUGGCUCAGGUGUUAGUAAAUCCUCACACUAGUGAGCAGCUUGGUCAGCGUAUUUGGGGUAUCCUGCAGAGGAACAUAUUUAAGGUGAAGGACAAGUUUCCCCGAGGUGAGGCUGUGCAGCUCUCUGUUCUUGAAUCUCUUUUGGGAAAAAAUUUGAAGCUGGCAGCAAAACCAUUGAAGAAAAAUAAUUUACCUCUCGGUUCAUUGAGUAAGAAGCAAUUAGCAUCUCGGGAUUGGCACAAGAUGAUCAAUACACUCGGAAAGGAAUCAACACUUUGGAUUCUAAAAGUUAUGGACGCGAGAAGUUUCUCAGUAGUUGAACUUCAAGGGGUUUUAGAGAUUUUUAAAGGUAUCUUAAACUCUUAUUUCGACAGUAAGAAGAAUCAAAUGAAAUCCGAGUUUUUGAAAGAGAUAUUCCGAAGACGAACCUGGAUUGGGCAUAAUCUAUUGGGUUACCUGUUGGAGAAAUGCUGUGGAGCAAAGUCAGAGUUUCGACGAGUUGAAGCUCUUGAUCUGAUAGCUGAGGUACUGAGAUCAUACACGGUUACCGUUGAUGCUGGUAACGAGAAUUUAAGGAAUCACCUUCCACAAAUAUAUGACUUCAUGAAGGAGUUGGUCACAAAUAUGCCUGAAAAGCAUUCAAGAAGGGCCGAUUUGCGGAAGUUCUGCGCCAAAGUUUUCCAGAUAUUACAGAAUCAAAAUUUGAUGGCGUUGUUUCUUGAGUCAUUGGGUUCUCUAUUGGGUGUAGUGCUGGAGAAAGGUAUUGGUGCAAAGUCAGAGUUUCAUGCAAAGCGAGUGCCGGAGAAAGGUAUUAAUGCGAAGUCAGAGUGUCUUGCAAAGUUAGAGUCUCUACAAAUUGAUGUUCUUGAUAUGGUAAUUGAGAUACUAAGAUCGCUCACGGAUAAUGUUGAUGAGGGCAGCACUGAUGCAUCAAGGAAUAUUUUAAGGAAUCACCUUCCACAAAUAUAUCACUUAAUUAAGGAUGUGGUGACAAAUAUGGAAAAAGAUCAAUCAAGAAGGGCUGAUGUGCGCAAGUCCUGUGGCAAGGUCUUCCAGAUAUUAAACCGUCAGAACUUGAUGCCCUUGUUUCUCAAUUCAAUUGAACCUGACGUUCGUGCUGCCUGCCAAUCCCAUCUAGGUGAUGUAUUCCUUGCUUUUGAGAAGUAGUGAGAUCUUAUUAGUGGAGUAGGGUCUACUAUUAUCUUGUUAGUAAAAACCAGAAGUUGGUGAAGACAGACCACUUUGGUUGCUUCUUUUUCCAAUAGAGGUGCUCUUUCAUUUCGAGAUGCCAUUGUUAAUUGUAUGUGUCAGUUACAGGGGAUUUAAAAUAUUGUUGAUUUUGGAGUGCUGUUGUGCACCGCAUUUCUUUAGGAAUUUGAUGAUUUCUUUGAUAUGAUCUUUUCUCAUCAUCCAUGUUCUCAUCAUCUUUUCUUUAGGAAUGUGUUCAGUUUCCCUCAUUGCCUGGACUUGGUGGUAUAUUUUUAACCUAGAUGUCAAUCUAUUUUUUUUCUAUGGUUUAAAACUCCGAUGUUGAUUUCGUGGAGAGUCGUUACAGUGGAAGAGCAAUAUACACUUGAAAGAGUUUCUUAUGCUCGACAGUCUAUUUACCC